AUGGAUAGAGAAGUUCACAAUCAUGAGAGGGAUGAUGGAAACAAUGCCAUUCCUGAGAGAAGGGUUCUUGGUUCAUACAUAAACCCAACCUCUGGAAAUUGUGGUAGUAGCAUUCAGAAACCACCCAUUCAGGCCAACAAUUUUGAACUCAAACCACAGCUAAUAUCAUUGGUGGAGGAUCAUUGUUCAUUUGGUGGGAGUGCUAAUGAAGACCCAAACCAACAUCUCACAAAAUUCCUGAGAAUUUGUGACACAGUGAAGUCCAAUGGAGUCCAGGAAGAUGCCUACAAACUGCUCUUGUUCCCAUUUUCACUUAGGGACAAGGCAGCUAAGUGGCUGGAAUCAUUCCCAAGGGGGAGCUUAACAACCUGGGAUGAGGUGGAAAGCAAGUUUCUGGCACGUUUCUACCCUCCACAAAAGAUCCUAUUCAAGCCUAAGAGUUUUCUUUUUGAUGAUAGUGACGAUAUUGAUGAUAGUGACGAUAUCGACCGUAACCUUGAUACGGAGCUGGAGCUUCUAACUAUGAUGAAUGCGCUAACUAUGGAUAUGAUGCCGGAAAUAGACCGAUUUUAUAUCACCCUUCAAUUCGAAUUAGCAAAAGCAAUGUCUCCUUGCAUAAUAUGGAUUCCAAACAUUCAUGAUCUGGAUGUGAAUGAGUCGAAUUACUUAUCCCUCGGUCUAUUAGUGAACUAUCUCUCCAGGGAUUGUGAAAGAUGUUCCACUAGAAAUAUUCUUGUUAUUGCUUCGACUCAUAUUCCCCAAAAAGUGGAUCCCGCUCUAAUAGCUCCGAAUAAAUUAAAUACAUGCAUUAAGAUACGAAGGCUUCUUAUUCCACAACAACGAAAGCACUUUUUCACUCUUUCAUAUACUAGGGGAUUUCACUUGGAAAAGAGAAUGUUCCAUACUAAUGGACUCGGGUGCAUAACCAUAACUAUGGGUUCCAAUGUACGAGAUCUUGUAGCACUUACCAAUGAGGCCCUAUCGAUUAGUAUUAUACAAAAGAAAUCCAUUAUAGACACUAAUAUAAUUAGAUCUGCUCUUCAUAGACAAACUUGGGAUUUGCGAUCCCAGGUAAGAUCGGUUCAGGAUCAUGCGAUCCUUUUCUAUCAGAUAGGAAGGGCUAUUUCAAAAAAUGUACUUCUAAGUAAUUGCUCCAUAGAUCCUAUAUCUAUCUAUAUGAAGAAGAAAUCUUGUAACGAGGGGGAUUCUUAUUUGUACAAAUGGUACUUCGAACUUGGA